AUGCCCGCUCCGUCCAAUUCCAGACGAACCUCCACACCAUCUAAGCCGUCCAGCGGCAAGUCGCAAUCGAACUCCGCGAAACGAAACAAUACACUCCUGAACUUCUUCCAGAAAGCAGACGGGCCGCCGCAAUCAAGCUCGAAACAAGCUCGCAUUACGCAGUUUACGACGCAGGGGGAACGACCCGGUAGCAGGGUUACAGCCCCGCGGCCGCGGCUGCUGAAGAGGGAGGGCAGUUCGGCGAAUGGGGAAGCUAAUGGUGGCGAGGGGUUGUUUCUGGAGGAUAAGAAGGGCCGGAAUGGGUCGUUGAGUGCUGCGAAUAAUACCGAGCGGGCAAGGGAGAGGUCCCGGACGCCGGAUAUCUGGGGGGAGGACGGAGGGAAAGAGGAUGCGGACGAUGCUGGGAAGGACGGGGCGGAGAGGUAUAAUGAGAAUGGCUCUGCGGUGAAACGGCGGAAGGUGGAUGCCGUUUCUCCAAAAGCUGAAUCUGAGAAGGAGGCGGCGCCGAAGGCCAAGAAGAUCAGCGGGCCCUUUAUCGAUGAGUCGGAUAGUGAGGAUGAGGGAUUUGAGGCAUUCAAGGAUUAUGGAGACGGAGAAGCGAACGGCGUGCCCGCGGAGACAGAUUCGAAGGGGCCCGAAAUGCCGUCGGACGAAGAACAAACGGGAAAGAAGCGCGAUUUCGCCGCCGACGUACCACCGCUGGUAAGAGAAGCCACGAGCCACAUGCAAGAUGAUGAAUACGCGGAUUUUGACGAUAUAGAAGAAGACGGAGUUGGGGGUGAAGGAUUCUUAGGCGUCGAGGGAUACGAGGUUCUUGACGAGGAGACCUCUGGAUUCGAUGCGAAUGAAAAACCUACCUGUCCCGUGUGUCAAGGGAGCUUGGAGGGCUUCAGUGAAACAAAUACCAUGGCGCAUGUCAAUGAUUGCCUCGAUGGGAAGCCAAGCCCAAUUCUCCCGAAGAAACAGAGUCCAAAUAUCAGCACUCCCGGGCAGAAGUCCACGGCCGCAGACCGAGCUGCUGUAGCGAAACCAGCGCAACGCGAUCCUACUCAGUCCGGAACAUCAAAAGCCGGAUCUGCGUUCUCCAAAAUCAUGGCAGGUAAUGCUGAAGACGCGGCGUGGGCAGAGGCAGCGGCAAGCGAUGUUGCUUCUAGGGGUAAACAGGCUUAUCAACGGACCUGCCCGUUCUAUAAGAUCAUUACAGGCUUCUCAAUAUCAGUGGAUGCUUUCCGCUAUGGAGCAGUCGAAUCGUGCAAUGCCUACUUCCUCAGUCAUUUUCACAGCGAUCACUACAUCGGACUUUCGAAGUCCUGGCGCCACGGUCCAAUAUACUGCAGCAGAGCGACGGCAAAUCUUGUGCGUCAACAACUCAGGGUCGAUCCAAAGUGGGUAGUGGACCUGGAGUUUGAGACGAAGACAGAAGUGCCUGGAACAGGCGGAGUGCAGGUAACUAUGAUCGAGGCCAACCACUGCCCUGGUAGUGCCAUCUUUCUGUUUGAGAAGGCAAUGAAUUCUGGGACUUCUACUCGUAUCCAAAGAGUCUUGCACUGCGGUGACUUUCGAGCUUCUCCGCAACAUGUGCAGCACGCUCUUCUCCGUCCGGAUGUCGUUAACCCGAAAACGGGCAAGAGCUGGCAGCAGCGAAUUGAUGCUUGCUAUCUUGAUACUACAUAUCUCAGCCCCAAGUAUGCUUUUCCGAGGCAGUCGGACGUCGUAAAUGCCUGUGCCGAGCUGUGUUCGCGCAUCGACCAAGGCCAGUACGAUAGUCUUGGCCACAUGCCUUUCCAAACUGCGAACGCAAAGACCAUAUCAAAAAAUCCCAUCAGCCAGUUCCUCUCAUCCGCUACCGCGGCAGUCAAACCUUCGGCCUCCGGACCUCAAGGCCGGUUACUCGUCGUUAUCGGGACCUACAGUAUCGGCAAAGAACGAAUAUGCCUCGCCAUAGCGCGAGCUCUAAAGAGCAAAAUCUACGCAACACCCGCGAAGCAACGUGUUUGCGCGUGUCUGGAAGACCCAGAGCUCUCCUCUUUACUCACCGACGACCCCCUCGAGGCCCAAGUCCACAUGCAAACGCUCUUUGAAAUCCGCGCCGAAACCCUCUGCGACUACCUCGACUCCAUGAAACCACACUUUACCCGCGUCGUCGGGUUUCGACCAACGGGCUGGACAUACCGACCGCCUGCCGGCCGGACACUGGAGAACCCGCCCGUGUCCACGGUACUCCACUCGGCACAUUGGAAGACACCAUUCACCGUGCGAGAUCUGACACCGCAGCGCGGCAGUACGCGUGAGAGCGCCUGCUUUGGUGUCCCGUAUAGCGAGCACAGCUCGUUUCGGGAAUUGACUAUGUUUUGCUGCGCGUUGAGGAUCGGGAGGAUCAUACCUACGGUUAAUGUGGGGAAUCAGAAGAGUCGAGAGCGCAUGAAGGGGUGGUUCGAGAAGUGGGAGGCUGAGAAGAGGAAGAGCGGGUUGUAUAAGGUUGACGGGGAUGAUUGGUAG